UCUGUCUCUCCCCACCUUCGAACCGCCACAAAAGCGAAGAAAAAGAAAGGGGAAACAGAAAUCGCGAAAUAAACAUGGUGCUUUUAUCCAGGGAUCGAGUUGAGCCUGGCUCUGUCAAUAUCCCCAUCGGAACUUUCCCCCAGACUUGCUCCUCAACCGAUAUCGACCCGCACCAUGUUGCCACAGACAUUGUGGAUCGGCUGAACACCGCCCUGGCACAAAAGGACGUUACCUCCAUCGUCACUUUGUUUCUAGAAGAUGGCUACUGGAGAGACCACCUGUGUCUUUCGUGGGAUUUCCAUACAGCGAAGGGCCAAGACGGUAUUGCCAAGCUACUUGGUUCGGGAGAGCUCCCUGAGAAGGUGGAAAUCGACCUGUCUUCUCCGUUUAGAGCGCCACAUGUUGGCCCCAUCGAUGCCUUUGGCGAGGUCAAUGGCGUUGAGUUCUUUAUCAAGGUUACAAGUGCGGUCGGUAGCGGGCGAGGGGUGAUCCGUCUGGCGGAGAAAGAGAGCAACUGGAAGAUUUUCACGCUCUAUACCGUACUGCAGGAGAUCAGCGGGAGCGAGCAGAAAGUGAAUCAUCGGCGGCCGUUUGGUGCGCAGCACGGCGAAAUCUCGGAUAGGAGGAAUUGGCAGGAUCGACGUACGGCGGAGAGUAAUCUAGAUGAAAAAGAUCCUGCUGUUAUUGUUGUCGGAGCUGGCCAGGCUGGUCUCUCUAUAGCUGCCCGGCUGAAGAUGCUGGACAUUGAUACUCUUAUUGUCGACCAGGAGGAUCGUAUCGGAGAUAAUUGGCGGAGGAGGUACCACCAGCUAGUUCUGCAUGACCCCGUGUGGUUCGACCACAUGCCCUACCUCCCCUUUCCCUCGAACUGGCCAGUUUUCACACCCAAGGACAAGCUCGCCGAGUUCUUUGAGUGUUAUGCAAAGCUACUGGAGCUGAAUGUUUGGACUAAGACUCGCAUUGGCUCGACCUCGUGGAGUGAGGAAACAAAGCAAUGGACCGUUGAACUUGUGCGGCGCAAGGAAGAUGGAACCACUGAAACGCGCACCCUCCAUCCGCGCCAUGUGAUCCAGGCGACUGGGCAUUCUGGAAAGAAGAAUCUUCCCGGGUUUGAGGGUGUGGACACCUUCAAGGGUAGUCGCAUCUGCCAUAGUUCGGAAUUCAACGGGGCGGCCGCUGGUGGAAAUGGCAAGAAAGCGGUGGUGGUGGGAUCGUGUAACUCAGCGCAUGACAUCGCCCAGGAUUACUACGAAAAGGGGUAUGAUGUGACCCUGGUGCAGCGUUCCACUACCUGUGUCGUGUCGUCAAACUCAAUCCUAGACAUCGGACUGAAAGGGUUGUAUGAGGAGAACGGCCCCCCAGUUGACGAUUCCGAUCUUUUCCUGUGGAGUAUACCGUCGGAGCUGUUCAAAGCACAGCAAAUUAAACUCACCGCCGUUCAAAACCAAAACGACAAGGAGCUGCUGGACGGUCUGAAACAGGCUGGGUUUCAGGUGGACCAGGGCCCGGAUAACGCCGGCCUCCUGAUGAAGUACCUCUCCCGUGGAGGCGGAUACACGAUCGAAGUCGGCGCCGGGAAGCUCAUCGUCCAGGGUAAAAUCAAGGUUAAGCAGGGCCAGGAGAUCAGGGAGAUCUUCGCGCAGGGGGUUCGCUUUGCCGAUGGGUCCGAGCUAGCUGCGGACGAGAUCGUCUUUGCGACAGGUUACCAGAACAUGCGCACUCAGACGCGGAUGAUCUUUGGCGAUGCGGUGGCAGACCGGGUGAGUAGCGUCUGGGGCUUUGAUGCCGAGGGCGAGAUGCGAACGAUCUGGCGCCGGAGUGGCCACCCUGGUUUCUGGUUUAUGGGUGGGAACCUGGCGCUGUGUCGGUAUUACUCGCAGCUGUUGGCGUUACAGAUCCUGGCAGUGGAGAGGGGGGUUCCCGGUAUCCUUUAAUAGCAUGAUCCCGAAACGGAUGCUGGAUUUCUUUGUAUUUGGGGCCCUGGGGGGUAUACAUUGUCCGUAGUCCAAAAUACUAACACUACCACAUUGUCCGAUAUGAUAAU